AUGGUAAUCGUAUCGCCAGGGACAAUCACUCACCAAAGAGACAAUCACUCACCAAAGAGACAAUCACUCACCAAAGGGAAAAUCACUCACCAAAGGGAAAAUCACUCACCAAAGAGACAAUCACUCACCAAAGAGACAAUCACUCACCAAAGGGAAAACUACUCACCAAAGGAAGGGACAAUUACUCACCAAAGAGACAAUCACUCACCAAAGGGAAAACUACUCACCAAAGGAAGGGACAAUCACUCACCAAAGAGACAAUCACUCACCAAAGGGAAAAUCACUCAUCAAAGGGAAAAUCAUUCACCAAAGGGAAAACCACUCACCAAAGGAAGGGACAAUCACUCACCAAAGAGACAAUCACUCAUCAAAGGGAAAAUCACUCACCAAAGAGACAAUCACUCACCAAAGAGACAAUCCCUCACUAAAGGGAAAAUCACUCACCAAAGGGAAAAUCGCUCACCAAAGAGACAAUCACUCACCAAAGGAAGGGACAAUCACUCACCAAAGAGACAAUCACUCAUCAAAGGGAAAAUUACUCACCAAAGAGACAAUCCCUCACCAAAGAGAGAAGUAUUCAUCAAAAGAGACAAUCCCUCACCAAAGGGACAAUCCCUCACCAAAGAGACAAUCCCUCACCAAAGAGACAAUUCCUCACCAAAGGGACAAUCACUCACCAAAGAGACAAUCCCUCACCAAAGAGAGAAGUAUUCAUCAAAAGAGACAAUCCCUCACCAAAGGGACAAUCCCUCACCAAAGAGACAAUCACUCACCAAAGAGACAAUUCCUCACCAAAGGGACAAUCACUCACCAAAGAGACAAUCCCUCACCAAAGAGAGAAAGACAAUCACUCACCAAGGAGAUAAUAUCUCACCAAAGGGACAAUCUCUCACCAAAGAGACAAUCCCUCACCAAAGAGACAAUCCCUCACCAAAGAGACAAUCACUCAAAAAAAAAGGAAAAUCCCUCACCAAAGAGACAAUCACUCACCAAAGAGACAAUCCCUCACCAAAGAGACAAUCCCUCACCAAAGGGACAAUCACUCACCAAAGAGACAAUCCCUCACCAAAGAGACAAUCACUCACUAAAGAGAGAAGUAUUCAUCAAAAGAGACAAUCACUCACCAAAGGGACAAUCACUCACCAAAGAAACAAUCCCUCAACAAAGAGAGAAGUAUUCAUCAAAAGAGACAAUCCCUCACCAAAGGGACAAUCACUCACCAAAGAGACAAUCCCUCACCAAAGGGACAAUCCCUCACCAAAGAGACAAUCCUCACCAAAGAGACAAUCCCUCACCAAAGAGAGAAGUAUUCAUCAAAAGAGACAAUCACUCACCAAAGAGACAAUCACUCACCAAAGGGACAAUCACUCACCAAAGAGACAAUCCCUCACCAAAGAGACAACCCCUCACCAAAGGGACAAUCACUCACCAAAGAGACAAUCACUCACCAAAGGGACAAUCACUCACCAAAAAGACAAUCCCUCACCAAAGAGACAGUCCCUCACCAAAGAGAGAAGUAUUCAUCAAAAGAGACAAUCACUCACCAAAGAGACAAUCACUCACCAAAGGGACAUUCACUCACCAAAGAGACAAUCCCUCACCAAAGAGACAAUCCCUCACCAAAGGGACAAUCACUCACCGAAGAGACAAUCACUCACCAAAGGACUGGACAAUCACUCACCAAACAUUCCUCACUAUAAGUUGAAGACUUCCCUUUUUGAAAUCAUAGACCGUUGA